AUGAAGCCCAGCGCUCGAGUCAUUAUAGAUACGGAUCCAGGUGUCGAUGACAUCCUGGCACUACUUUUAGCACUAUCGUCUCUCCCCCAAGACCUAGAGGUGUUGAUGAUAUCCGCCACAUAUGGAAACGCAACUUUGGCAAGUUCCCUCCAUAGCGUUGUCGCUACUUUUCAUGUCCUUGCCCAGGAACUUGCCUGGCGAAAAGCUUCAGGGAGAGAGGAGCGCUACAGUGCCUUGUUCAAAUCCAAGCCAAUUGUUGCUGCCGGACCCAAAUGUUCACUAGAGGCUCAAACAGAUGAAGCUGGCGUUUUAGAGGAUCCCGACGCCCUUUAUGGAGUCUACAAACGCUAUUCGGAGCUCGCGCCAGAGAAGGACUGGGCAGACAUGUUCCAGGAUCAUGGGCAGAACUGGGAGCGGCAGUCUGCUACUCAUCUACACAACUUUUUCUGCCCUUCGACCAAACCAGCACAUGAAGAGGUCUUACGGCUACUGGACGAGAAUCCUGCAAACUCCAUCACUAUCAUUGCCCUCGGUCCUCUAACAAACCUAGCCUUGGCAGCAGCAAAGGACCCCGAUACCUUUCUCAAAACAAAGGAACUCGUGGUCAUGGGCGGAAACGUCCAUGUCCCGGGCAACGUGACACCUUUCGCCGAGUUCAACACCUAUGCUGACCCUUUCGCGGCAGCCCGCGUGUACGCGCUCACGUCUAGCAACCCCAAAACAAACAUUCCACCCGAGCCAGGAACGGGCAUGUUGUCUUCCCUGGUUGCCUACCCAGAGAGACUAUCGCGGCUGCUGAACCUCACCCUCUUUCCGCUAGACAUCACCACAGCUCAUCCAUUGAGAAGGGGCCCAUGUUUGGAAAAGCUUCGGCCGCUUGUGGAACUCGGAAGUCCCCUCGCAAAAUGGGUAGACCACUUCCUCAGCGCGACAUUUGACAAGUUUAGCACAACAGAGGAAAGUGACUUGGAGCCGCGUUUGUCGCUACAUGAUCCAUUGACGAUUUGGUAUGUAUUGAAGCGUGAACAACAAGGCUGGAUACCCGCCAAUGUGUUGGAAGAUAUUCGUAUCGAGACAACGGGCUACUGGACGAAAGGGAUGCACGCGAUCGACCGCCGGAAGCGAGACGGUUUGAGCACCGGAGUUUCAGUGGACAUUGGUGGCUGGCUAGGCAAGAGUAGCGGGAACCAGAUUAGGAGAAUGGUAUCGUCGGGGUUUGAAGAUUCCUUUGCGAAGCACUUGUUAGAUGAGAUCUUUGACUAG